AUGGAGUCAGUAUCUAGAAAGAGGAUUCUUACUUCUCCUAGUAAUCUGACAUCACAAGAUGGUAGUAUCAAGACAGAGAAUUUUACUUCUCCUAGUAACCUGAUAUCACAGGGAGUAGAUAAACAAGGGACCAAUGGUACUUACAACAUAGAUGCAGAAGAUCCGGCCUGUAGUAACUGGUUAAGAUUCGUUAAUUCUCCCGCCAAAUAUCAACAGGAAAAUGUCGUUCCUAUCACGUGCGAGGGCAUCAUCUUCUAUAUGACGUCACGUGACGUAGAGCCGGAAGUUGAUCUCAACGGUUCAUUUGCAUUUCGUGCCAAUGUUUUGACAUUUGACGAAAAUGAAAGACUCAUUUUUGAUAAUUGGACACCAGUUAUGUAUCAGAACUGGAAUCCUAACGAUGAGGGCGAGACAGCAGUUGACCCAAUCUUUGGCCUCCUUUUGACUUAUCAUAACGACGGCAGAUGGCGCUGGGUGACUGAGAGAAACUAUACGUACUAUACAGGAGAAGACGGACUAAAAAUCCCCUUUAUUUGUGAGGAUUCUCCAUUUUAUUUGGAGCAUAAAGAGUGUUCUGUUACAUAA